AUGCUAUGUAACAUUUCUACUAAAAUUUAUACAGACUACGAAUUUGUAGGAUCAUUUCCUAAAUGUGAAGAAAUAAUGAAAAAGUAUAGUGGCCAUAAUGAACCAUUUGUACAAUGUACAGAGGCUCAUACAAGUAAUGCUAUAUUUAAAUAUUAUAAUUUCCUUGGUAAAAAAUGCGACACAGCUCUAUCAUAUGUAAAUCACAUGAAUUCGCCAUUAUUUACUCAAUAUUUGAAAGAGUCCGCUUGCUUUUUUUUUUAUUAUUGGAUAUACAAUCAUAUCUUUGAUAAGCAAUAUAGUGAUGAUAUAAAGAAAUUUUAUGAUUUAUUGAGCAAAUCACUUGGAAUAGAUAUCACCAUUAAUUGUGAUGCGUAUAACGAAAAUAUAAACAAGAGUGUUUUAGAAGUAAUCACAAAUACUUAUAAUAAACAUAAAAGUCUUGAUAUCAUAAAAUUGAAUUGCGAAAGUAAUAAAGACGAGGAAUUUUGUGAAAAAAUAAGUGAUAUCGUGAAUAAAUAUAAUGGAUUUAAGAAAAUUCAAGUAGAUGAAACAAAAAUAACGUACCCUUACCAAAUUAAUAUUAAAUUUACAAUUAUAAUUACACUUUUUGUGAUUUCUCCAUAUGGUUCAUAUAUGGUGCGUCAAUUAAAAAGGAUAAGAAACAAGUUGAAUAAUGUAGAUGGCCAAUGGAAUAUCAUGAAUCAGCGUGAAAUAUCCCAAAAUAUUUCAAGUGAUAUGAUGUUUAAUGUAUUAUAUAAUUGUGACUAA